CGUUUCUGUUGUUUUGUACUCCGAAGUGACUCCUAAAAAUCUACGGAGUGUAACUUGAGCCUAGAUCCAUCUCAGUCUGCUCCAAAUUCGCUUCCCCGGCACAUUCGCGCUCACUGGCACGGGCCACGCGUCUCGUCGGAUAUCCUUGAUCUGCUCGCUCUAUGGCAAAGAAGAAGAGCGGGAAGGAGCCAACCAAGGUCUCUGCGAAAGCAUCGAAGAAGGCAAAGGCUGCCCAAAAAAUCGAGCGGAAGGAGAAGAAGAAGGCCGUCAAGACGAAGGACGAGUUUGACGACGACGAUCAGGAUCUCGAGAGCAUCCUUGACAAGAUCCAACGGGAGUGGGAGGAAGCACACAAGGUCACCGAGGAGCUUGUGGAGGGACCACCGAGUCGGCGCGCGAACGCAACCCUCACCCCAUGCCCGAACGGAAACCACCUGUGGUGUAUCGGAGGAGAGUUCUUUAGUGAAGAUGGGAAGGCUCACUUCUAUGGGGAUGUAUACCGCUACUCGCCGGAGAAGAACGAAUGGCGCAAGUUUGUUUCCCCAACAUGUCCUGGUCCGCGUUCUGCCCACGCCGUUGUAGCCACUCCCGCAGGCGGCGGGAAGCUUUAUCUUUUCGGAGGAGAGUUCUCCUCAUUAUAUCAGAACUCAUUCCACCACUAUCGCGACUUUUGGUGUUUCGACAUCUCGACGCAUACGUGGGAGCGCAUCGAAACGAAGGUUCGACCAUCUGCGCGUUCGGGUCAUCGAAUGGCCAUGUGGAAGCACUACAUCGUGCUAUUCGGCGGGUUCUAUGACCCCGGAAUCAAAACGAAUUACCUGAGCGACUUGUGGCUCUUCGACACCCAAGAAUACAAGUGGAAGCAGGCGGAGUUCAAGGACACUGAAAGGCGGCCAUCACCACGGAGUGGGUUCUCGUUCUUGCCGACACCAGAUGGCAUUCUUUUGCACGGUGGAUACUGCAAGGAGUACGUAAAGGGUCAGCGACCCGUCGGUGUUAUGCUCGACGACACUUGGUUCCUUCGAAUGACGCUCAGUUCCGAAACGCCUACGACGGGCAGGUCCUCUGCUGAUCCGUUGGUACUCAAAUGGGAAAAGCGGAAGAGACCCUCCACGGCGUACGCUCCGUCCUUGCGAUCGGGAUGCACGAUGGCUCUGUGGUCGGCGAAGACCAUGGGUGUCCUCUUUGGAGGCGUCACGGACGAGGACACAAGCGAGGAGACGAUGGAUAGCGUAUUCCACAACGACCUGAAUGGAUACCAGAUCUCGGGAAACGGGAGGUGGGUGUCCAUGCACCUCAAGCGGCCGAAGAAGAAAGUCAACCCGCAGAAGAAGAAGGCACCCGUACAGCCUCUCCGCCAUGACCUUCGGGAGGACGAUGAAGAGCAAUAUGAGGAGCCUAGUGAAGAAGACGACCAGGAGAGCAAGAAACCCGCGAAAAAGCCUCCACAGGAAAUGACGGCAAUAGCAGGCAUACCACAAGACGACUCUGAGGUCGAUCCCGACGACCCCACAUUGACUGCACCUAGGCCACGCUACAACGCGAUGCUCGCAGUCCUUCGAAAUACGCUGUACAUUUACGGCGGCAUAUUUGAGAAGGGCCCGCGGGAAUACACGCUGGACGACUUCUACUCGCUGCAGCUCGACAAGCUGGACCGCUACACCUGUUUGAAGGCGUCAGAGAUCACUAUCGCAGAGGGCGACGAGGAGAGCUCGAGCGAUGAGGAUGAUGAGGACGACGAUGACGACGAUGACGAUGAAACGGUCAACGAUCGUGAUGAGACGGAGAGCGUCACAGUCGUCGGUGAGGACGAGGAGAAGGCGGUGGACGUGCUCGAGACCAUCGAGGAAGAGAAGGACUCCCUCCGCGUACAAGCGGCUGCAUUCAUGGGCGUCGCGAAGGACUCGACACGGUCCCCUGAGGACGUGGUCAGCACACCGCUGCCUGGAGAGACUCUCGCGAUGUUCUAUGCUCGAUCUCGGGAGUACUGGGCGCAGAAAGCGUACGGAACUACCAGCAGCGAUAGCCGCGGAAAGCAGCUUCGCCGAGAUGGCUUCUCACUGGCGGAGGAGCGAUACGCUGAAUACAAGCCUGUUCUUGCGGAGGUUGAGCGAAUUCUGGCGGAGGCGGGGUUGGAUGAGGAGGAAAUGCGGAAAGGCGCCGCGGCUGGCCCACAAGGCGCGAGUGGACAGAGUCGAAAUCGGCGUUGACACUGGAACUGUGAUCAUCACUGUAUACCUUCGUGUAUCAUAAAACACAAUUGUACAG